UCUGAAAUAUUUAAUGUGAUAAUGAUAAUGAUUGAAAAUCUAUUAUUAACGCAGCCGAGUUUUCAAGACUGUUUACUUUCGAUAUUAACAUCGAUAUUUCCCAUCACUACUCCUAGCGAACCAAUCGGUUCGUUCCGUAAAGUCGACGUACAUAUAUAUCAACGCGCGCUUGAUUUUCACAAACAUUUUCCAAAGGACGGGACGAUGCAUACCCUCCCGUACCUCUCUGCGUUAAACGUCUCCUAGCGGCCGUUAAUACACGCCCUACGACAUGGAACCGAAGCCAGUAGGGGCUCCCAGACUUUUUCUAACUACCCCCGUGGAAAAUAAAGACGAUACGGAAGAGAAACUGCUGCGAAGUUACCAGUUCCUCCAAGGUGUCAGGGGUGAUCUAAGCGAUAAGGAUGCUCACGAGGCCCUCAACAAAGCUCUGCUCAAAGAGAAAGGCUACGAAGAGAUCUCCUUUGGAUUAUUAGUUUCGAUAUUAACAGAGCCCCACAACGCUGCUAGAAGUUAUCGGGACUUGACCCUAAUUACCAGGGAUGGUUUCGGACACGUGGUAACAAAUUUAUCCCAAUUAGUGUUAGAGAAAUACCUUAGGUUUACGGAUAUAGUGAAACAGCAGUUAAUAUGGAUGCUUCGCGAGAUGAUAAAGAACAAUGUAAGCAGUGUAGACAAUUUGUGUUGGAUCUUACUAAGGCACGCGGCUGGAGGCGACGUAAGCCCCAGGAACUUGAACCUGGUGGAAUCGUUGCUAGAUCUAUUUGUGGAAUAUCGCACUUGGUUGGAAAAGUUUCCAAUUCUUAUCGCGUCUGUGGUUUAUACGUAUUUAAGGUUAAUUGAGGACCAUCAGGCACCUUAUUUAAGCAACCUGAGACAAAAGGAAGUGACUUUUUUAAUCAGUAUUAUGCGAGAACAUUUUCAUGAUUGUUUGGUGAUAGGCAGAGACUUAGUUAGGCUAUUACAGAAUGUUGCUAGGAUACCUGAGUUUGAACAGUUAUGGAAAGAUAUUCUUUUGGCUCCUAAAACCCUAAGCCCAACCUUUACAGGUGUUCUGCAACUGCUCCAGAACAGGACAUCGCGAAGAUUUCUGCAGUCACGUCUGACGCCCGAAAUGGAACGAAAGUUGGUCUUUCUAACGUCCCAGGUGCGGUUUGGAAACCACAAGCGGUACCAAGAUUGGUUCCAAAGACAGUACCUGGCUACCCCCCAGUCUCAAUCUUUACGUUGUGAUAUUAUCCGAUUUAUAGUAGGCGUAAUCCACCCGACAAACGAACUACUCUGUUCCGACAUCAUACCGCGCUGGGCCGUUAUAGGUUGGCUCCUCACCACCUGUACUAGCAGCGUUGCCGUAUCUAACGCCAAACUGGCCCUGUUCUACGAUUGGCUGUACGACAUCGGCAAAGACAACAUCAUGAACAUCGAACCGGCCAUUCUGGUUAUGCAUCACUCGAUGAGGUCGCAUCCCGCGGUCACGGCCACCUUGUUGGACUUUUUGUGCCGGAUUAUCGCGAAUUUCUAUCCUCCUCUGACGGACAAGGUUCGGAGCGGUAUAUUCAGCUCGCUGAGACAGAUCUUGGAUAAAAGGGUACUGCCUAGUUUGCUGCCUUUGUUCGACAACUCGAAAUUGGACAGGGAGUUGAGGAAUAUGGUUAAGGAAACUUUUAAGGAAUUUUGUAUAGAACCGGCUAAUGUACAGACUUCAACGUCGCGGGAUGAUUUCGGGGGUCCCCAGAAGUUUGAAGAGGAACCCGUUAACAUAUCUUUGAACAAUCACUUACUGGAUGGAGAACCUGCUUUCAGCGAUGACGAGGAUGAACCCGGGUUGCAGAUAACCAGUCUGGAAGAUGAUACUGACGACGAUGACAUUCCUUUAUCUAAAGUACGGUUAAAAGAGAAAUCGGACAAGUCCGACGACAGCAUGAUGGACGGUCCCCUGGGCGACGUGCUGUCCAAACUCCAGGACGAAGACGACCUGAAACGUCGCUGCGACCUCGCCCAGGAAAUGGUGACCGAACUGAUUGACCUCGACGUCGACAACCAAUCGGACGAGGACUCGUUCUCCUCCGCCGCCCGCAUCUUCUCCAACUGCAUCCGCAACGACCUCAAAGCGGACCACGUCUUCCCCGACGUCCCCUCUCAAGAACACCUCACCGAGAGCGUGAACAGCCCCCUCUUCACUUUGCUUAAAACUAUUUACAGUUAUACGAACUCCAAAGACGACCAGGCGAACAAGGCUUUGUUGAUUCGGUUUCUGUCCGAGAUGCACCCGCACUUACCGCCUUUAGGAUACUUUAUCCUGUACUUUCUCAAAGUGCAGAUCAGGACGGAGAACAAAAAGGACGACAACACGAAAGCGAGCGCGCUGAAGAUCGCCCUCUAUAAGGAGUUUUGCAGCGGAAUCGAGAAGAAGCUCGAUCAGUGCUUGUACGACGAUUUGAACGCGUGUCACGUGACUGAUACGAAGCUGAUGAUGUGGCUGGUGCCGGACCUGUACAGGGACUUCAAGCAGCAGAUGGUGAACAAUGCGCAAGCGCUCAGGGUGAUUAUAUCGGCGGUGGACGCGAGGCAACUUCAGACGCUGGUGGCUAAGGUUCUACAAGGCCAUCUCGUUAUGUUCAAAGCGGAAAACUUGCACGGACUGCUCAAGGCCACCCUGUCGUGGGAGUCCAUCGAACAGCUGUUCUUCUGGCAGCUGAUCAACGCCCACGACUUCACCAUCGACACCGUGCUACCGCUAGUCACCGAGCUGGAUUGUGAACAACACCCGGAAGCCUUGACAGCUGUCAUGCUGAUGUUGAAGCAGGAGAAACCGAACGCCGACUACAUCAAAUGCCUGUUCUCCAGGGACAUUUGCGAGAACGGGGAUUUGUUCAUAUUUACCGUUAUUAAAUAUUGGUGCGACGAGUAUAUUGACAAAGUUGCCGAACUGAUCUCUUCUUUGUUGAGUACGCGGUAUCCUUCUACCUCUCCCAACAAACGGAAACGGACAGCAGGGAAUAAAGUGCUUAGUACGACUGUCCCGAGUGCUGACCAAGUUCUGGGCCAUCUAGAAAAACUUAGGAUAAUUUGUGAAAAACACGAUUGCAUGGCUAUCUACACUUUAGAUUCCAUGCAAAGAGCCCUAAAUGUUGCCCAGAACAAUAGUAAUGACAGUCAACGGAAGCAAUUUAGCGAGUUGUUCGCGUUGAUGGAAGAGGAGGAGGAAAUCAGUAGUUCGACUAAGAGCAGGCUGCAAGGCAGAGGAAGGAAGCCGGCCGCCGCCCCCGCCAAACCAGCCCCCGCAACGGCAAACACCAAGAGGCAGAUGGCCAGAGACUUAACUGACAGCUCGGAGGAAAGUAGUGAAGAAGAAGAAAUAGUGAAACCGAAACAGGCCAAGAAACGGAAAAAAGUUUUGUCGGAAAGCGAUUGACGGACGUCGGCGUUCAAUCCGAGGGGCCCUCGCAAGGGGGCCCUGGCGCUAGCGGCUCAUAUCAAUGGAAACAAUACGCUUAGCCGGGAGGAGUGAGUAUAGAGAGGGGGGCGGCUGACCAAUUGGUCGGACGGAUAUCGGAACGGCCCACACAGACAUACACUGCCCUAAAUCAAUCGCCCUGCGCCCGACGACGAGGCCUUUCGGUAACUACAUCAUGUAAAUUAGCAUGGAUACCCGUGUCACAGCCUAUACAUUAGACAGCGAGUCGAUUUUCGAUCAUUUAGACUGGAUUAUGAAGGGUGGAGGUAAGGAGAAUCAUCUCUUAUGGGACUUUGUUUGAAAAAGUGGUCACUAAAUGCAACACAUGGUGGCGCUAAUAAGCAAUAAGGGAUCGAACUGGACUUAGCGGUUAUAAAUAAGUUAGUCAAAAAUCUUAUCUCUAUAUCUGUCUCUUUUUAAUUAUUUCCUGUUCUAAGAACUUCGGUGCUUCUUUAAAAUGUAGAACUUUUUCUACAGCAACGCUAUCUUAAUGGAAACAUUCAGUUUUACAACAAAACUAGCUUUAACAAAACUGUAGUUUCAGCAAAACUGUAGUUUUAAGAAGACUGUAGCUUUAAGAAAACUGUAGUUUUUAACAAAACUAGUUUUAAUAAACUGUAGUUUGUUUGCAGUUUUGUUAAAACUAGUUUUCUUAAAACUACAGUUUUAUUAAAACUACAGUUUUGUUAAGCGCUAUCUUAAUUGUUCCCUCUUUGAUGACUACUUUUCAAUACACGAAGAUUCCUUACCUCUAUCCUCCAUAAAUUAAAAACCGACGUAGUACAGGGUGUACUGUAAAGGUUUCAACAAAAGUGUAUUUUUUUUAUUAAUGAGUUAUUGACAAAAUGUUUAUUGCUUAAUUUUAUCAGUUUGACCAAAAACAAGAACAAAUAAAUCGUUUUGACUGUCAUUGUUGCAAAUUACAAAAGUAUAUCUUUAGUUAAACAAAAAGUAGGGUGAAGUAAAAAAGUAUCGGUAAAACUUGUUCAGAAAUAUACAGGGAAUUUCAAAAGUAUCAGUUUUUUGAUUACUUUUCGAAAAGUCUAAAUAAUAAACAAGUUUUCUUUCGUGAGAAUGACAUAAAAUGUAUAGGGACUUUCAAAAAAUAAUAAUUUGUUUUAAUAUUUUUUGUAGUCUAUCUAAAAAAAAUAAUUUAUUCACUAAAAUUGCACAGAACAAAGGAAUCCAACAAGAAUAAUUCCUACCAAAAUAAUUUUUUACUGUUCUUAAAAUGUAUCUUAAAAAUAAUAAGUUAAUCUUUCUGUGUUGGCUUAUAAACAUCAGCUUUGUUAUGUUUUAAACGUUUUGUUUAAAAACAAUUGUUUUAAACUCUUUUAAACUAUACUUUUAUUAAACUUUUUUAAACUGUUUAAAACACUGGUUUAAAGAUGUUUGGUGUGUAGGUAUCUUUUUUAAUAAAAAUAUAAGAAAAACACUCUUUCACUAUUUAGUACAAAAACAACUUUAAUACAAAAGGAAUAAAACUGUAGUUACUUCAAUGUAAUAAAAAAAAUUCAACUCAAUAAAAAAAAGUACUUAACUCAAGAUAUUUUGCAUAACUUUUUCUCAACAACUCAAUAAUAAAAAUAUAACCAUUCGUUUGGCGGCUGACUUUUUGGUACGCCCUGUAUAAACGUGUCCGUGUUAAUUUACAUGAUAUAGAAUUGAGCCCGUGGUUGUAGAGGCGACUUCCCGCCAGACUUUUGGCUCCUGGUCUGUACAUAAUUGUUAAUAAUUGUUAAGUUGUCGGUCCUGUUGUAGUAUGCGCCGUGUCGAUGAAGUUGUUUCCAGUAGCGUCUCGUUCGAUUUUAUUGUUUUUUUAAUAAAGAUUUUUUUUUGUUGUACGUUGACUAAAGAAAAUUAAUCAUUAGGGAAGUCUAUUUUUUGUUCAAUAUUUUUGUUCCUCUUUUAUAAAUAUAUUUUUUAGAUAGCACAUACACAAUCCAUUUCUAAUUAAACUCAAGAAUAAGAAUCAUAUUAAAUAAAAAAAAUACUUUUUAAUGUUGGUUUUACAUUUUUAUGAUUUUCCAAGAUUUAAUACAAAGCAAAAGUCAUAUGAAACGCAUCCUGAAAACCAUAUUCUUUGACAAAUAAUAUAUUUUGUUUUUAACUCAAACAUUACCUAUGUUUAUUCUAAUUUUGUUAGAAGUUAUAUUUAGUUUGUACUUUUUAUUGUUGAAACGAAAGAUGUUGAUAAAAAGACGCGCGAGAAGUUUUACUGGCAAUAAUUUCGUCGACACCCUGUAUAUAAAUAUUUUUUAUAUAUUACGUUCUAUCGUGAAGUUUCCCUGAACAGUGUAAAAAUAAAUAGAAAUUUUGUUAAUAAAGGAGUAUUGUAAAUAAAGAUCCAAUUGUAAAUAUAUUUAUAAAGAGAAGCCUUAAUACGAUUCUAGGUCCUUUAGACAAGUCAAAUAAAUAUUGUUUUUUUUU